UGGCUACUAGUCUACUGUUUAUGUUUUCGGAGCCAAAGCAAGCGCAGGUUAAAGUAGGCUAUCCACUUACCGCUGUCAGAGUUUAUUUUACGCCUGCUACGUUAGGUUAGGCUACUGUACGUUAGGUUAGGCUACUGUACGUUAGGUUAGGCUACUGUACGUUAGGUUAGGCUACUGUACGGUAGGUUAGGCUACUGUACGUUAGGUUAGGCUACUGUACGUUAGGUUAGGCUACUGUACGUUAGGUUAGGCUACUGUACGUUAGGUUAGGCUACUGUACGUUAGGUUAGGCUACUGUACGUUAGGUUAGGCUACUGUCAGAGACACACCUAAAGCAUGGAUGCUCUGAAAUCAGCUGGAAGAGCGAUUAUCAAGAGUCCCGGAGUUCCGCGGCACACAUGGGGCACCUCCAAGCACGACAAGCUGCCGGAGAACUGGACAGACACCAAGGAGACCCUAUUGGAAGGGAUGGUCUUCCAGGUCAAGUACCUGGGGAUGACUCUGGUGGGACAGCCUAAAGGAGAAGACAUGGCCGCUGCAGCUAUACACAGGAUAGUCUCUACGGCCCGGGCAAGUGCUAAGAAGUUCCGUAAGGUGACCUUGACCAUCUCUCCUAAGGGAAUCAUCAUCACAGACACAGAGACACAGGACCUCAUAGAGAAUGUGUCCAUCUAUAGGUAA